GCGUCUACAAUCAUGACGGCGGUGGUGCAGGCGUGUAGACUGCAGUGUGUGAUGGAAGAGAAGCUGGUGCGAGUCUUGUAUUCAAAGGCGGGAGACCGAGCAGGCAGCUAUUUGAGGACGUAGCACUAGUCAGCUGUUCAGCCAGAGCUCCAUGGAAGCACUGGAGCGGGAGGGGGAUCGAUACGUCACUGGCCAUAGCUCCGCCCGAUGCGUGCUUUCAUGAUUGGCUGGCGCUGGAUCGAAACCCCGCAUACUGGAGAAUGCAGCAUCGCGUGUGUCAAACCAUUGAUUGCUCACGGCACGCUAGAAAAGGGCCUUGAGCUCGUGAGAGCCCGUCGUCGCCAGCUCUGCCUCGACGGGUUCCCUUUGCGAAGCUUUGGGGACGCAAUGGUCUCAUGGCGGCAGAAUGGCGGCGCGCACUUGGUCGAUGUGUCUACAUGGGAUUCUGCGGAAUCCCAUCAUGGCGGCGCCGAUCGCCGAUGCCUGUGCUGCAGCCUGCCGGCUGGAUCUGGAUCGUUGGAAGCAGGUUAUGUACCAGUUCCCCUAACCCGCAUCAUCCGACGCGAGGCGCCCCGGAGCGGUGUAUUGAUGUUCCCACGUGUGCUGAUUAUGUACUGUCCGUCCAUCCACCAUGUGCGAGCACGUCAGCCACUUGAGAAUAUGUACAUACGAACAGUUCACGUCGUCAGUAUCCACCCAGGUGGAGACCGCGUCUACGCAGCCAAUACUGCGCCGCCUAGCAGCAUGUUCGCCGGCCCCGUUGACCUGCCCGGUUCACUCUAGGACUAUUGCGACAUGACGCCAGUUUCGCGAGCGCGAUAGCAAAGAUCCAAGAAGCGUACAGUGUGCGAGCCACGUCGAAUGAUGGAAGAAUUAUGUCGCAGUCACAUACCGUGUUAGC